AUGGACAAUGAUGACGCACAUAUUGCGGGUGAUUUUUUUCUUAAUUCAUCGACCACUGAUACAACACGGCGUAAAACAUUUCUCGAACAUAUUCAACGUAUUAUACCACGACAAACUAUUAUUUAUAUACAAUAUUGUUUAUUACGGAUACCAUUUGUACUCAUAUAUGAUUAUUUAUUUACAGAAAAAUUUUCAUCAUUAUUUGAAAAUUUAUUCAAAGAUUUAACUCAAUUUAUUGAUCAUGAUAAUUAUUUAUUUAUUAAGCCAAUUAGUUAUUUAAUACAUAGUCAUUUAUUUCAAUUAUUAAUACAAGUUACUUUGCGGUUUUCAAUACCAGUUCUAGGAUUACUUAUAUUAAUACUUUUAUUACUAUGUUCUGAUAGACGUCUUGUGAUAUUCUAUAGUUAUUCUAUCUCAUUACUUGUUAUUUAUUUUGAUUAUCAAAUGAGCUGUAUAACAGAUAACCAAUCAUCAUCAUCAAUAAAUAUGUAUAUUCUUCAAUUUUUAUUAUCUUCUAUUUAUAUUCAAAUGCUCAAUAUACGUCCACGUGUACCUUCAUAUAAACUACAAACACGUCUAUGUCAUUUAGCACCAUUUGUAUUAAUAAUAACACAUUAUUUAAUACCAUCGAGUUAUAAUAUCUAUUUAUUAAAAAUCUAUUAUUUAAUAUGGACAUUUAUACAUCUUUCGGAACUAUUUAUUUAUCAUCAACAGACAAUCAUAGAUAUAAUACGUAUUCAAUUUAUACAAGAUCUUUAUCAUUUAUAUGGAAAUUUUGGUUUACAAACAUUAAUUAAUUAUUUACAAACACGUAUACAUAUAGUAACAUUAUUAAAAAUAUUUUGGUUAACAAAAAUUCUUGUUUUACCAUUAUGUAUUCGAACAAUAUAUACAAAUCCAUAUAUAGCAAAUGUUACAUUGAAUAUAAAUACAACAAAUUUAAAUGAUAAUAUUACAUUAGAAAAUCAAACUAUGACUUAUAAUCAUACUUUAGUAAAUACAAUUUAUUUUACAAGUUUAUUUUAUGGAACAGAAACAAUGUUUACUUUAAUUAGUUUGGCAUGUUUAAUUUCACAUAUAAUGAAGAGUAUUUCGCAUCGUUUAUUUCGUUUAUUACAUCUUUGGACUGAAGAUGUGGAACAGAUUGGUACUGUUGUUGGUGUUAUGUUUUUUCUUUUAUUAUUUCAAUCAAAUAUAACACGACUUGAUCUUAAUCGACGACAUGUACCUUUAUUGAAAGCAUUUAGUUUAUUAAUUGUUGCACUUUUUCAUUUUCUACAUACAAUUCUUGAACCACAAUUACUUAAAGUUGCUAUGCAAACGAUGACAACAAGAAUGGCGUUUACUCAAACCGAUGGAAAUCAACAAGAAGAAAAAGAAGAAAAUGAAAAUGAAAAAAAUAUACCAUCAACUUCAAUAUUUUCUACUACUACUCUUCGUUCAUACCAUCAUCGUCAUGUUUACACAUGUUUAUCAAUUCUAUUCUUAGUUAUAACAUAUAUUAUUAUUCUAUGGCGUUUAACAACAUUUUCUACUUGGCUUUUAGCUGUAACAGCAUUUUCAUUAGAAUUAAUUGUACGUCUUUUAGCAUCACUUGCUCAAUACACAGUAUAUGUUCUUGAUGCACAUAAUCAUUUAGCAAAUGUUGAUUUAUUCGAUGAAUAUAUAUUUCGUAUAAAAGCAGUAACAUCAUGUUUUGAAUUUAUUCUUGGUGUUUUUCUUCUUUUCAAUGGUUUUUAUAUCUUAUGUUUUGAAUCUCGUGGUGCAUUACGUGCACUUAUGCUUGCUAUACAUGCACAUUUAAAUAUAAUAAAAAAUUUACGUCGUGGUUGGCAAAUAUUUCGUAAUCGAAAAUCGGCAUGGGAUAAUGUUAAUCAAUUACCAUUAGCAACAAAUGAACAAAUUGAAGAAUAUAAUGAUAUAUGUUCAAUAUGUCAUAAUACAUUAACAUCAGGUGUUGCAUGUAUAACACCAUGUUCUCAUAUAUUUCAUCAAAAAUGUUUACAAAAAGCAUUUUAUGCAACACAAAAUUGUGCUUUAUGUUCACGUCCGAUUAUUAUUGAACGAAAUUUACAUCGAGAAUAA